GCCAUUUCCUGUGCCACACCAUUUCUUUCCCCCCAAUCAGCUCAUUCCUACCUAUAUUUUUACCCUGAAUAGUCUAACCUUUUCCUUCGGUUUCUAUCCCACUCUGUCGACCCUUCCCGUAUCGAUAUCACCACCUGGCAGUGGCUGACCUGCCGUCUCCUCAUUUGUCCUAGGCCCAUCUCCGCUUAUUCCCGACAAAGACGAGCCGCAGCUGCUUGUCACCACCCCCUCGAAUACCUCCCAUUCCGACUGAGCUCAUGUGCAGUUCGCCGGAAGACUAUAUUAUAUUGGGGCUCUAAAUCUCAGCACUAACUUCUACCUGGCAAGACAACCUCUUUCAUCCGUCACAAGGUCCCCAUUUUCUUGAACUACCGUACGAACAACUUCAGCCCCUCUUGCAAGAGAAGCGAAGCCACAGCAGGUUUUUGAAUACGCCUUGCAUCCUUUCUUGCCCCUCUCUACUCCUAUAAAGCGUCGGGCUCUCUCGUGAUCUGGACACCUUCAUCCACUGGUGUAUUCAGAGUUCACGUUUCAGGGCGUCUCCUGUUCAGGUGGCUUUGGGAAGGCAAGCACAAUCAGGACACAAUGGGUCUGGCAUACAACAUCUAUCUUACUUCAAACAAAAUCUUCGGGUGUAAGCAAUGCAAAACUCACCUCGCUGACUACGACGAUAUCAUAAGCCGGAAUUUCCGCGGCCAGCAUGGCAAAGCAUACCUCUUCGGCAAUGUCGUCAACAUCACCUCAUCCGAAGCGGUGGAGCGUAGCAUGACCACCGGAAGGCAUAUUGUCCGCGAUAUUCACUGCAGGCAGUGCAAGGAGACGGUGGGCUGGAAGUAUGACAAAGCAUACGAGGCCAGCGAGAAAUAUAAGGAGGGCAAAUUUAUACUGGAAGAAGAACUGCUGUGCGUGGUGUGCUAGGUACCUUGAUGCGUGCCGGGGCGUCCGUCUUCUUUCCAGGGAUAUUGAUGACGUAGCAUGCUGGUUUCACAUGCAAGACUCCUGGGCGAAGGUCUGAAGACUAUACCUGCGAAGGGCUGAUACUUAUAGUGAGCGUUUUCUUUGUUAUAUUGUCGUGGCGCAAUGUGUAUGGCGUUGGAUGGAGUACCGCUUACUUGAUGCGCAAGGAGUUCACCGCAGAUCUGGAGCAAUCGGUGGACCUGAUUCCAAUGCAUAGCAGAAGCCUAGCUUUCCAGAACACCCCUUGAAUGAAUUUUUGCUCAUUGCUGAUUCCUUAUUGCCGA